AGUGAAGAAUCUCAGCAACGCAGAAACACGGCCGCGCGUUGGAGCAGUUUGAAUGACAGUGGGGGCAAGGUGAUCGCUGUCACAUCCAAGCAGAGAGGCUGAAACAGUCUGAAGAAGGGUCCCGACCCGAAACGUCGUCUAUUCAUUAUCCUCCACAUAUGCUGAGUUCUUCCAGCACUUUGGGUGUCGCUUAAUUGAAACGGGACCUUCAGCGUUACCUCGGAUGCCCGACGGCCGACGGCAGACAUGAACUGCACCAAUGAUCAAUACUACAAGACAUCUGACUUUAAGUACCCGUUUUUCAUCGUAAUUUACAGCCUUCUCUUUAUUAUUGGACUUCCGGUAAACAUAGCGGCAUGUUGUUAUUUAGUCAGUAGCAAAGCCAAUAAAAGGCUGUCUGAAGUCAAGAUUUACAUGAUCAGUUUGACACUGGCCGAUCUUCUGUACAUUAUGUUACUUCCGUUCUGGAUCGAUUAUUACUACCACGGCGGCUACUGGAGGUUCCCCGCCUUCACCUGCAGUUUAUUCGGCUCUCUGUUUUACAUCAACACCUACAGCACCCUCUUCUUCCUGUCCCUCAUCAGCUUCACCCGUUACCUGGCUGUCUCACGCCCAGUGAAAACGGCUCAGUCCGCGCAGAGGAACAGAGGCAUCGGAGUGACCGUCCUCGUCUGGUUAUUAAUCGUCUGCUGCUCGCUGUGUAUUUUAAUCGACAACAAAAACCACGUAAACAAAAGAAAUGACAACACCACGAGCUGCUUUGAGAAUUACACGGAGAAAAACGAGAAGACACAACUGUUGGUGAUCCAUUCGCUCAUGUUGUUGGCUUUCGUUGUUACCUUGGGAGCAGUCAUUGGCAAUUAUGUGCUGAUCAUUCGAAGACUGUCGAGGGAACAAACAGCGUUGAGAGUGCCCCAGCACAAGCUGAAGAAGAAGGCGGUCCGAAUGGUGCUGACGGUUCUAGUCAUCUACAUGGUCUGUUUUCUGCCUUACCAUCUGAUCCAGCUGCCAUGGAUGCUUUUGGUGUUGAAUGUCGUGCAUUCAAAUGACUGCCUCUUCAGGAAGACUUUCAAUGACGUUCACCAGGUCACUCUGGGUCUGAUGUCCAUUAACUGCGUCCUGGAUCCUGUUGUUUACUGUUUCCUGACCGAAGAUUUCAGGCGAUACCUGAGAGAGCUGACAUGUUACUGUAGAGACAAAUGUGUUCUGUGGAGUAAACUCAGAUCUCCAAGUAGUUGCAUUUGAUCACGUUGAUGGGAAUAGAUCGGGUAAACACAGUCCUUUGCCCAGAGUAGGGGAAUCGAGAACCAGAGG